CGUCGCUUGUCCAUCACUGGACGGAGAGAUCCCUUUAAUUUGAUAAGGUGGCUCUUUAAACGCCAAUAAAACAGAAAAACAGUCAAUUUCAAGACUCUCAGCUUAAAUGAUGGCGAAGCUGCAGGCCUGUUUGCAGUCUCACAACCACCGCCACCGUCUGCUAAUCGGAUAGAGAAGGACUUUGAGUGACUGCAGGAUUGCGCCUUGCUAACGUUACGCAGCUGCUGUCUGUAACCAAAGCUAGUCGGCUAUCUAACGUUAGCUGAAGCGGCUCCGCUUUGCCAUAUGAUAUUGACGCUCAGUGUACAGGGACAAACCUGGGCAGACAGCGACUUGCUCCGCUAAAUAGCCCAAUACCGCUGACAUGGACAAAGAAGAAGCAGACCGGCUGAUAGAGAAGGCCAAGCUGUGUUUACGGUCAGGACGGAAAGAUCGGGCGUUGCAGCUGCUAUAUGAGGCGCAGAACAUUUACCCCAGCACCCGGGCCAGAGUGCUGAUAGAUGCCAUACUGAGAAAUGGAGGCGGUGCCGCUUCAGAAACAAACCAUGUGCCCCCACCGACAGGAUGGCGAGAUGAGGACAUUGGAACCAGUGAAACAAAUAAUGCAAGUGGUGACGAGAAGAAGAGCUACACCGAGGAGCAGCGCCAAGGGGUUCUCAGGAUAAAGAAUUGUAAGGACUUUUAUGAGAUUCUCGGUGUGCACAAAAGUGCCAGCGAUGAAGAUUUGAAGAAGGCCUACAGGAAGUUGGCCCUGAAAUUUCACCCUGACAAGAACUUUGCUCCGGGAGCCACAGAUGCUUUCAAAGCAAUAGGUAAUGCAUAUGCAGUGCUGAGCAAUCCAGAGAAGAGGCGGCAGUAUGAUCAGUAUGGAGAUCAGUCUGCAAGUAUGAACGCACCCCAGCAAUCCACCCACAGUCGGCACGGACACUACCGCAGCUUCCACAGGGACUUCGAGGCUGACAUUUCCCCCGAGGAGCUCUUCAACAUGUUCUUCGGAGGAAGGUUUCCCACAGGAAAUAUCCAUGUGUACACCAACCAGGGAGCCUCCUACUCUCAGUUUUAUCAGCCUCGUCGUCGACGUGCUCAUGAAAGGCGCGAGGAGGUGGUGGAGGAAAAUCAGAGUCAGAACACCUUCACAGCUCUUCUGCAGCUUCUCCCCGUGUUGGUGCUAAUCCUCAUAUCAGUGUUUACUCAGAUGAUGGCCACUAACCCACCCUACAGUCUCUUCUAUAAGCCAGCCAUGGGGCUAGUGGUGUCCAGGGAAACGCAGCACAUGGGUGUACCAUACUAUGUAGACAAGGGUUUUGAGAAGGAAUACCGUGGCGCUGCACUGGAGGAGCUCGAGAAAACCAUCGAGAACGACUAUAUUGAACACCUGCAGAGCAGCUGCUGGAAAGAAAAACAGCAAAAAUCAGACUUGGCAAACCUCGGACAGCUGUACCGAGACGACCGCUUAAAGCAGAAGGCGGAGACGAUGAGGCUGGAAAACUGUGAGAAACUGCAUCGAUUGGUUGGGCGUCAGAGAGGAAAAUGAGGACUGUCGGAGAGGAGAAAGUGUUUCUUUACAGACUUUACAAUAAUGUAUUUUACCUAAGUGUGUAAUUUAUCCAAUCUGGCCACUUUGUGAAGAAAUCUCUUUGGGUACAGCACAGCCAGUGGGAGAUUAUGCCGCUGGGAACGAUGUGCCUUCUCUCCUCGUGUCGAUGGUAGAAAGUGAAGUUGCAUGUUAGCUGCCGGCCCUAGCUGUGGUGGUAGCGGUGACAGGUGCGCAGUCACUGUGGAAGCGUGUACGAUGUCUCAGAGCCUUUAAACUUUCUUAUAGAAAUGGCAUGACAUAAGGGGGCUCCCUUUGGGGUUACAAAGGCAGUUGUAUGUUCACACAUACAUGUUUUAUCUGGUUGGGUUUUGUAGUUCACCUGUAUUUAUUUUGGAUGUUUCUGUGUCCUUGCUCAAAUUUUAGGUGUAUUUAUUUAGUAGAUGAUAGAGGAAACAUUCAUUUUUCUUUCCUGUUAGAAAUGAAGUACAGUGUACUGUAGUCUUUUAUUUUUAGUCUGCAACAUUUUAUUUAUGAUUGAAACAUAGACAAAUCACUCAUUUGGACCUCGAGCAAUAGGAGGCACAGUAACAUUUUACAGAAUAUGCUGUUUUCUGUUUGUGCUGCCAAAAAAAGGAGCUGCUUCCUACAGCAGAGCUUCAGGCUCCCUGCGUCAGCGCUUGCAUAGGUGUUUAUUGUGUUGGUCAUUUAGGAAUGGCAGUUCAGCCGAAAGAAAAGGCAGUUCACAGUGUUUCCUGCUGUAUAUGGGGAAUCUUCACUAUAAGCAGUUUGUAUAGUUUAAUUGGCUUGCAAUACAGUUACAUAAGCUCAGAUGCUUCCAGAAAAAUGGGUUUUCAGCUCAAAUCUAGAUAUUUUAUAAAUCCGAUACCCGUAAUUUCUUCUGAUCUUUUAUAACAAUAAUGAUCAUUUAAAAAUAAAUGUAAAAAAAACAAAACAAAACAGGAAAAUGUUUUUGAAAAACUUAAUAUAUAAGAAUUGAAUGGCUAUGAUUAGAUAGCCUAAUCCGAUAGUGGUAACUUCAGUCAGUAGUGGCUGGGAGUUUUUCAAAGAAACAAGCAUGUCUCUUUGUGCUAGCAGUCGUAGUCCUCCGAUGCACUGCUGCCUCCCGGUGUCAUUUUGUAAAUAACGGAGACUGUUAAACUCCUUGGAGACUUUGUUUUCCACAACUAACUUGUGGGUAUGAUCAUUUUAUCCAGACAGAAACCAAAAUUGGGACUUUUACUUCCCAUGUUCUGGUCAGAUCACGUCAUCAUUAAUGGGAUUCUAACUUAUGGAGCCCUUUUUUUUUUUUUUUUUCUUCAAUAUAUAUAUAUUUUUUUUAAAUAAAAAAGCUCAGCUCACACAAACCCUAUACAGACAUUAAUACUUGUUGCUGCGCACUAGGACUGCCAGACUGCCUUAGCUGUUGUCAUACUUGUGAAAUAUUCAGGUUCACCUCAAGCACUUUUUAAGUUCAUGUUAACUCCAUAUUGUUACUGUUGCAUGCAUCUUUGUGAUUUUUUUUUUUUUUUUUUCAAUUAGUUGCAAAUGAAUUUUUUCGGCUAAUACAUCUUCAUGACUGCUGAAAUUAUAAAUGUAAACUGUCAAAAUAUAUUUAGAUCCACACUGGAAGUCACAAACAUGUAAAUGACAUUAUAUUUACUGUGAUACACACGAGUCAGGGUUUGGUAUUAAUCAGUGCGGACAUACCCCUUGAGUUAGAACUGCAAAGUUAAGCUUUCAGCCAAAAAUACCACAAAAUUAAAGAAUAAUCAGAAAAUCUUCUUGGUCUGUCUGGUUUCUUUUUCACGGUGGCUCUUUGAAUGAAUGAAUGAAUUAGUUUGGUCACCUUGUUAAACUAGAAAAUGAUAGAGGGGAAUAAUAUCUAUAGACGAGGCCAACAACGCAUCCUAAAUUUAUUUCAAGCUCAGGUUAAGCUGCCAUUUAAGAACCAGCUCUUAAUUUCUAACUAAUAAUCAUGGAUUUAAAAACUAUAUCACACAAAAAAUAUCAAACAGUGAGCUUCAGCUUCACUGUUUACUGGGUCUGAACCGAAUUUGCAUUGUAGCCGUGAUGCAAACUGUUCAAACUGGACCCAAAGUCUUCAGAUGUUUUCACUUUUUUCAAAUUAUUUCAUUGUAAUUUAACUUUGAAUUUCUGUAUUUUUCCUCCAUCAUUCUUCACUCUAACCCUUAUACAGAAGCAUAAACAGGAAAAGGUCCCACAGUUCACUCCAUGUCAGGACUGAAAACCAAGCCAGUGGAUUCAAAGAACUCUAUAUUUUUUUAGAUAAAAUUGUGGCGAGGCUUAAAUAGUGACAAAGGUAUAGAACUGUUUCUCGAGCUGUCGCUUGUGAAAUAGAAAGAUUGUAGAAACUCUAAGAUUCUUCCUGGAGUUCGCCCCACAGCCAAACAGAGAAGCCCAGCAAGAAGGGCCUUCAUCCAGGUCGUGACCAAGCGCCCAAUGGUCAACAGUUUCAGACGUAAUCUUCACAGAUGGGAAAGCCAGAGUGGCUUCAGUCCACUGACUGUCCUUGAGCGGCUGAGCCAGAACCCAGAUGUGAUGCUCAUGACACUGGUAGAGAGAGCUAGAGAUGGCAGUAAUCCAAUCUGAUAAAGCCUGAAAGGAUUUGCCUGGAAAAAUGGGAUAACCUGCCUUUAUCCAGGUGUGCAAAGUCUGUAGACUUAGCCAACCAGAUAAAAAGCUUUUAAAGCUAUCAACAAAACUUCUGCAGAGCACUGAGUAAAAGAUCUAAAGGCUUUUGUAAAUCAAAUACUUGUGAUUUAGACUUUUAGACAAAUUUGGGGGGAAAAAAUCUGGCAUGCUUUUGCUUGGUUGGAUUUAUUGUAUAUUGAUGGGUUUUUGUUUUUUUAAUCUUGAAAAUUAAAAAGUGUGGAAAAAAUGACAGGGUCUUAAAAUCUUCUCAAAGAACUGUAAACGCUUAUCUAAGACAACUUGUUUGUUAAGUAGACCAAAUGUACAAACUGAGAACGUCUCGUACUUUGAAUUACAUAAAAAACAAACAUUUGUUUGCUUUUGCAUAUUUACAGGGAAGAGCGAGGACAGAGAGGCAUCAUGAAGCUACUUAACCUGGAAAUAUCUUGGCUCGGGUUUUAUAAAAGUUACAAGCUUUAUUCAUUGGGUCAUUAAUAUUGAACAUGAUUGAAGAAAAGCAAGUGGGAACGCUGCGAAAAACGUUGCAUCUCCUUCGGUGUGCACACAGGGUUUAGUAUUAGAGUGUUCCUUAAAGCCAGUCCUGAAAAAUACUAAAAGCUUCCAAAAUCAAUUACGGUGCAUGAAACAUCAGCCUCGCAACAAAAAAGGGGAAUUUCACACUGACAAAAACAAAAACAAAAAAAAGCCAACUGUUCUCAUUGAUUUGUGCGCACAUAGCUUGCAUGAGAGUUUGUGAUUGGCUCGAACAGUGACCGCUGUGAUCAGUUUUGGGUUGGCACAGUGGAAACGUUUUGUGCAAAUUCAAGUAUAACGUAACAGCUUUUUUUUUUUUUUUUUUUUUUUACAGACUUUAAAGUAAACAACAGUUUAGAAAUGUAACACUUAAUCAAAAGCACUGAGUAUGUAGUAGAAUAAGCAUGUAGGUACUGUUUCACCAAAGUGUCACAUUGAUAAAAUAAAUCCAACACAAACAUUACAGUAAAAGGAUAUCAAAGUCUUAAAAUUAGAUCUUUAAAAUUUGUUUUACACCUGCAGUGAAGACGCUUCUGUUUGAAAUCAACUUGCCCCUCUGGCCAGACUUUUUGCCUUCUGGACGCUAAUCUGGGGAUCAACUUCACGCCCAGUUAAUUCAAUAUUCAGCCCAACUGUAUAAUAGGAGCAUUUUUUUUAAAACCUCUCUACAUCCCCAUGAACUUCAGAGCAGGUUACGUCUGAGUGAUGUGCAGCUAUAUCUAUGAAAGGUCUGACAUGGUCUUUCAGAAUGCUCCCACUCUAAUCUGGGAUUAUACUUUAUGUAAUCCACGACUGUAUGGCUGUCUCAGAACAAAUUAGCAUCUCCACACUGCAGUCUAUCCUUUUAAUCUAGAGUGCAAGCAAAGGUUACACUGCACCAUACGCAGAGCCACAAUCUGUGCAACUGAGAGACAAUGAGAUCAGUCUUUUCACUUUAUCUCAGGGACACCAUACUGAUACAAUAUCAUACUGAUGGUUUCAUUUCUUCAUUUUGAGGUCAGCUUCUAUGGCACUACGGCGCCCUCUGGUGCCUCCAUC